CCUAAACAUGGAUUUCGAAUUCGGUUUUUUUUUCCAGGUUUUCUGCAAGGUGCAGAGUAUUUCUUCUCCCACGAUACCCCCAAGGGACAGUUAGAUUUUUAUCGAGAUUUUGAACCUCAGUGGCAGUACAAUGGCAGCUAUGCGACACACCUUUACACCGAUGAGGCGAUUGAUCUAAUUAAUAACAAAGACCCAGAUAAGCCGAUGUUCAUGUGGCUAUCUCACCAAGCACCUCAUGCUCCCCUAGAGGUACCCCAACAGUACUCGGAACCUUAUCGUGAUAUCAUUGAAGAUGAGGACCGGAGGCUGUAUGCCGGUAUGAUGGCCUGUAUGGACGAAGGCAUCGGUAACGUAACAGAGGCCCUCAAAGCAAAUGGAAUUUACAAUAAUACAAUUAUCAUCUAUACAACUGAUAACGGUGGACCAGUGUGGGCUGCUGCUUACAACUGGCCUCUUCGUGCCUACAAAGGAUCCCUGUUUGAGGGGGGUAUACGCGGUGUCGGUUUUGUCCACAGUCCACUACUCUCUGACGAUGUCAAAGGAACAGUCAGUUAUGAAUUAAUUCACGUUAGCGAUUGGUUGCCUACGCUUGUGGAAGGAAUUGCCGGAUGGAAUACAAAGGGAACACUGCCGCUGGACGGUAUAAAUCAGUGGGAGACAAUAAGGUACUUACGAAAUAGGGGGGCCCGUUUAGACAAUUUAUAAGGAACGUGCUUGAUGCUAGAUAUUAUUAUUACCUCCACCAAGUACGGUAUGUU